CCCUGUAAAACCCAGUAGUGCAACCCUAGCUACCCAGAACUAUAACCUCCUUAAUCUCGAAUCCAGUAGGUUAUCACAGCAUACAACACAACACUGCCCCCCAAUUGUUUUGAUCAUUAGCAGGGUCGCUGAGUAUCUUUGAUUUGUGCCUUUGAUCGAAUGGAGGAAAUACGGGAAGCUUUCCGUAAUGCAAUGUCUGACGACCCAAAACUAAGCUCUAUCUCCACGUCUUCUCAGGGGAAACCAUCUUGCAGCUCAGGGUCGUCUUCUUUCUCUUUGGACCAAUCUCGAGUUUUGCUCACUAGACAACCAAGACAAGUGGUAUCGUUGUGGACCUGCUCAAAGCUUUGUGCCAUUUGUUUCGUAGCUGGUGUAGUUCUUGGUUACACGCUGAAGCGACGUGUCCGGCGCUGGGCUUCCAGACUUCUGAGAAGAAUGAAGGAUGAUUGAGGUUUCUUGGGCCUUAAAGAUCCCAGGCUGAUCCAUCACAUCAUUGCCACACAUGAACACUGUUAAAACAUAGUCAAUAACCUAUGUCAAUUAUAAGAUAUCCAGCCUUCCAACAAAGUUUUUGUAGCACAGUUUUGAUUCAGGAAGUGUCCAGCUAAUGAAUAUUGGGACUCAUAGAUUUCCUAGUCCUUGUCAUCCUUUUGUUGAUGUUUAUUACAUAUUAAGUUGCAUGUGAAUCAUUUAUAAUCCAAGCAUUUUCAUGGAGACUGACUGACGUUUUUAUUCUCUCUUAUAUAGAGUGUACAAUGAAGU